GAGCCUUGGCCGUCCCAUCUGCUGCAGCACCCGCCGCGCCCGCACCCUCAGCAGAGCCGGAGACGCUGUACAUCCAAAACCUCAACGAGAAGAUCAAGAUACCCGGUGAGCCCGUCUUUACCAAUGGCUCAAAGCGACGUUGUGCUGACUGUAUGCGCCGCAGUGCUCAAGGCGUCCCUCCGGAGUCUGUUCAAGGCGUAUGGAGAGGCCCUUGACGUCGUCGCACAUAGCAAUCUGCGCAUGCGCGGGCAGGCGUUCGUGUCGUUCGAGUCCGCGAAGAUCGCGAAGAAGGCGUUGAAGGAGGUGCGAGGGUUCCCGUUGUACUCAAAACCGAUGCAAAUAUCCUUUGCGAGGACACGGUCGGAUGCGGUGGUGAAGAAGAUAGAUGCUGCGCACUAUGAGGAGCACAAAAUGCGGAGAUUGGAACACAAGAAGGCUAUUCGUUACACCAACCCCUUGAAGCGGAAGUACAAGGCAUGCAAGCAGGCCAUGGAGAUGGACGGAACGGGAGCCGUCCCCGUAUCCAAGCGGCUAAACGUCCAGAUGCCCGAUGAGUACCUCCCACCAAACAAGAUCUCUUCCUGCAGAACGUGCCCGAGAGCAUAUCCGAACCUGCACGAAGUGCGUCUCAUCCGAACAAAGAAGGACAUCGCGUUCGUGGAGUACAUGGACGAGAGCAGUGCGACGAUGCCGAAGGACGCGCUACACAAUUACAAGCUCGAUGGCGAGAACAAAAUCAAGAUCACGUUCGCGAGGAAGUGAACACAUACGCGGUCAUCUUGUUGCCAACCAUACGCUGCUAUGCGUCGUAUCGUACGUGUAUUAUAGUGUUAUAGCUGUUUUACAUGCCGCAGUCCUCUUCCCAUCGAACACGCU